UGAUUGACUGACUGAUAAAACUGACUUUUUAGUCCUGAAUAGUCAGAGUUGGCCAAAUAUUAAUACCAUUGCAAAAAUAAAAAAAAAAAAAUAUUAAUAGCUUUCUCAAUAUUUAUUUUAUUUUCUUUUAAUUUAUUUCUCUGAUUUGUGACGUUAAUAUCCCACUAAAUAUUAAGUUUGUUAUCAUUUUAUUAUUGUACAAUAGAGUGCAAAUCGUUAGAAGUGUAAGUGGUCAGUACCGAAAAUGUCGUUAUUUCGCAAACCGAAGAAGAUACAGCGGCGUGUGUUUUGUGCUGACGAUGAUGAUGAGGUAGAGGCUGACCCAGAGCCGCCACCGCCGCCGAUUAUCAGCUAUGAAAAGAAGGAGAACAAGUCAAGCAAGAAGAUCACGUCACUUCUUAGCUUCGUUGACGAAGAGGAGGAUGGUGAAGUAUUCAAAGUGAAGAAGUCAUCCCAGAGCAAGAGACUUGCUAAACUCAGGGAGAAGGAGAAACGGCGGGCCCCUGAGGGUGAUAGUAAUAAAAAUGACAAUAACGUUACCGAGGACAAGCCAAACCACACCGAGAAUGAACCAAAACAGAAGCCGAAACGGAAAGUAACGCUAGAAGGGCUGAUACUGUCCGGGCGAGAAGCUCUGGCUGCUGACGGGGCGGGGGAUGUGUCAGAUGACAGUGUAGCAGAGGAAGAGGAAGACAGUAGGGGAUUCCACCAGUACCGGCCGGAGUCGGUGAGGGCGGCGCUGGCGGUGGCGCCCGGACACAUACCCGACGCGGCGCUCAUCCACGCGGCUCGCAAGACCCGACAGCAGGCCCGCGAGUUAGGUGACUUCGUGCCCCUGCAGACGGAGUCCGCGCCGGGCUCCAGGCUGGUCCGUGACGACGGCUCCGGCGACGAUGACGACGACGAGGGCCGCCUCCAUGUCAGAGGACUCGAAUUGCCAAGUGACAAGCCUAAACGUGGUACAGCUGCCGCCGCGUCAGAGGACGAGUUGGACAGCGAAGCUGAGGCGUGGGUGGAGCAACAGAUGCAGAAGGCAAUGCCCGCCAUUGCGGAUAUCACUGGUGAGGUGGAACUGAACCCGUUCGCGGUGGCGCCACCCGCGCCGCGGAUUAUGGAGGCGCCGCACCUGCGGCCGCUGGCGGCGCCCGGCCGACACCCCGCCUCCGCGCAGGACCUCGUGCACGCGCUUCAUCACCGGCUAGAGGAGCUACAAAUAGACCGCGAUCAGACCCGCGCGCGCAAGGAGGAGAUGAUGGCGCGGCUGGUGGCGGCGGCGAGGACCCGCGAGUCGCGGGCCGCGCGUUGCAGCGGUCUGGACGCAGCUUACAGACGCGCGCAAGCCGCCCGUGGGUACCUCACUGACCUCAUCGAGUGCCUCGACGAGAAGAUGCCGGAGCUGGAGGCGCUGGAGGCACGUGCGCUGGCGCUGCACCGCUGGCGCUGCGAGUACCUGGUGGAGCGGCGCCGCGCUGACGUGCGUGACCAGGCGCAGGACGCGCUGGCACUCGCCGCACGUCCCGGCGCUGCGAAGCCCGUGGACUCUGAGGAGAAGAUCCGUCGGGCGGCCGAGCGGGAAGGCAGGAGGCGAGCGCGGCGCCUGCAGCGCGCGGCAGCGGCGGCGGCGGCCGGCGCCACGCCGCGCCACCGCGACGGUGACUCGAGCGACGACGAGCUGCCGCCCGCAGAGCACCAGCACUACCAGCAGGAGAGAGAGGCGAUCCGGCAGCAGUCGCAGUCGCUGUUCGCGGACGCGCUGCCGGCGUGGCGCAGCGUGCGCGGCGUGUGCGCACGCUUGGCACGUUUCCGACGCCGCUCGCGCGCGCUGUACUGCGACGCGUACGUGGCGCAGCACCUGCCGCAGCUGCUCGCGCCCUACGUGCGCCACCAGCUUAUAUUGUGGAAUCCAUUAGCAGACGAAGACAACGAGGACUAUGAAAAAAUGGACUGGUACAAAUGCCUGAUGAUGUACGGCGUCCGGUCCGAGCGAUUGUCGAGCGACUCGGAGCAGUCUGAUGACGACGACGAGGCAGAUGGGGAGGCGCCUACAGUGACAGAGACCUCCGUGCGGGAGGACCCCGAUCUCUACCUCGUGCCCACCAUUAUUAACAAACUAGUGCUGCCCAAGCUCACAGAGCUGGUGGAGCAUGCGUGGGACCCGGUGUGCGUGCGCGCGUGCGUGCGGCUGCGGCAGCUGCUGCUGCGCGCCGCCGCGCUGCCCGCGCCGCCCGCGCCGACCGCGCCGACCGCGCCUACCGCGCCGACCGCCGGCGCCGCGCCGCCGCUGCGCCGCCUCGCCGCCGCCGUGCGCGCGCGCCUCCAAGCCACGCUCAACGCGGACGUCUUCCUGCCCACGCUGCCGCCGCAGGCGAUGGAGGGCGCGGGCGGCGUGUUCUGGCGGCGCUGCGCGGGCGGCGCCGUGCGGCUGCUGCGCGGCUCGCUGGCGCUGGCCGCGCCGCCUGCUAUUCUUCGCGCCGACGCACUCGUGCUCUCGCUCAUUGAGACGGUGUGCUGCGCGGCGGGCGCGGCGGCGGCGGCGGCGGCGGCGGGCGGCGGCGGCGGGCGCGGUGGCGGCGGCGGGCGCGGCGGCCGCGCUGGCGGCGUCGCUGCCCCGCGCCGGCGCGCUGCGGGACCGCGCGCUCGCCCGCCUGGCCGCGCUGGCGCACCUCGUGCUGCAGCACCUGCACACCGACAACCCCAUGCACCUGAAAGCUCUUGAACAGGCCAGAAAUCUGAUAGCAGAAGCCCGCGCGUUAGAAUGACACAACGUAGACUGGACUUCCAAUGAAAAUACUGUAUAUUAAUUAGACUUAAUCCCUCCUAAAUAUACAACGUCACUGUUCUACCAUUGUCAUUUACAAUCACGAAUUUAUUAUUAAGCUAUUUCAAAAAGUUUUACGCCAUGCGAUAUCUUGGCCAAUUGUGAACGUAAUUUAAUGAUAAAGAUUUUUUUAGGCUGAUCCAUACUAUGUAUUUAAAAAUAUAAGUUUUCGUUUAAAAUGAUAAAAAUAAUCGACGUUAUAAAACUUAUUUGAUACCAUUCUGUAAAAAAGAAGUCCAGUGAGAAUAUAUAAUAAUGGAUGGAUGGCUUUUUGAUAAUAAAACAAGUGAAAUAGUGUCAUA